AUGGCUCUCCGGGUAAGGGACACCAUCCGCAGCAGCAGUGAGUCCCCGCUUCCCCCUGUGGAGCUCUGCUAUGAGAACAUGAACGGAUCCUGUGUCAAGUCUCCCUACUCACCGGGACCCCGCGUGCUUCUGUACGUAGUCUUUGGCUUUGGGGCUGUGCUCGCAGUGUUUGGAAACCUGCUGGUGAUCAUUUCAGUCCUGCAUUUCAAGCAGCUACAUUCUCCAACCAAUUUCCUCAUCGCCUCCCUGGCCUGUGCUGACUUUUUGGUGGGUGUGACCGUGAUGCCCUUCAGCAUGGUCAGGUCCGUGGAGAGCUGCUGGUACUUUGGGGAAAGCUUUUGUACCUUCCACACAUGCUGUGAUGGGGCAUUUUGCAUUUCUUCUCUCUUCCACUUGUGCUUCAUCUCCAUUGACAGAUACAUGGCUGUUACUGACCCUCUGGUCUACCCGACCAAGUUCACCGUGUCUGUGUCAGGAAUGUGCAUCGGCAUCUCCUGGAUCCUGCCUAUUGUGUACAGUAAUACACUGUUCUACACAGGAGCCAACGAUGACGGGUUAGAGGAAUUAGCCCAUGACCUCUACUGCAUAGGUCGUUGUCAACUUGUUUUAAAUCAAGAUUGGGUUUUGAUAGAUGUUCUGAUAUUUUUCAUACCAACUCUUGUUAUGAUCACUCUCUACAGUAAGAUUUUUCUUGUGGCUAGAAAACAGGCUCAAAAAGUUGAAGCCACUGUUAGCAAUUCAGAAUCAUCUUCUGAAACUUACAAAGCCAGAGUGGCCAAGAGAGAGAGAAAAGCAGCCAAGACCCUGGGGGUCACUGUGGUAGCAUUUUUGACAUCUUGGCUACCGUAUAUGAUUGAUUCAUUUUUUGAUUCCUGUUUGGGUAUUAUGACUCCUUCUUUUGUCUAUGAAUUAUUAACCUGGUUUGCUUACUAUAACUCUGCCCUAAAUCCUUUAAUUUAUGCUGUAUUUUACCCUUGGUUUAGGAAAGCAGUAAAACUUAUUAUAACUGGUCAAGUGUUAAAAGAUAGCUCCUCCACCAUCAAUUUAUUUUCCAAAGGAGCAUAA